GUAUCAUUAUAAAGUUGGGUGGUCGGGACUCACCGAUUCUUCUGUCCACUUGAAUGGUUUCUUGCCAUCUAAAAAUAGAAAAUAUCACUGGCAAUGAUGAAGUGAAUUAACAAUAAUGAUAGAUAAGAUGGGAAAUUCCAAGCGGACUUUACAUGUGCAGGAUUAUUCCUAAAACUGUACCGUGGCCAAGACUGAGACCUAUGUAGGUAAUUUUUUCUUUCGCUUCUGAAAAAUCAUCGCUACUCCCAGGGCUCUCUCACUCUCUUGUGUGCCUCCGCUCUCUCCAAAACACUCUGAUAUCUUAUUGUAGAAAGUGAUGGCCGUAAACAGCAAUGGCGUCCUCGGUUCCCCGAGUCCAGAGUGGUUACGUUCACUCAGAAAAACAAAAUAUUCUUCGCUGCCGAGUUCUGUGAUGCUACUCGUUAAUCCAUCGGAAAGGAGGAGCUUUCUGUGGAAAAGUGACUUUGCCCAUAAGGGAAGAAAACACUGGGGAGUAUUUGCAGGUUUAAUGACCAAUCCAAAUGAUUUUGAAGUCGGAAGAUUCAUUGGGGAUUAUGGGUUUAUGAAUAUCACCAGCUACUCUUCGUUUCAAUCAGGGAGCUUCCUUGAUGGCGGAAGACUUGAAGACGUGGAUAGUCGAAAGUAUCAGAGUGAUAUCGAGAGCUUACAAGUUCAAGACGUCAGAGAGGGGCCUGUCAAGAUCAGGCUUUAUGAUGGUCGAGUAACUCAGGGUCCUAAGAAGGGAACUCGAGUUAUGUUUAAGGUUUAUCCUGGAAAAUGGAAUGGUGGCAUAGAAGCUGAAACGAUGGCUGCAAACGAGCUUAGAGCUCAUGCUUCCCUCCAAGAUGUUGCGGAAGAUGUCUGUCAAAAUCUUCAGAUACUGUUAGGUGGUUUUGAAACAAGCACAGGUGAACAGUGGCUUGCAUUCCAGAAUGAUGGAACAUAUAGCGCAGCAGACUAUGCCAAGGUUAUGAGCGAAUCAGUAUCAAAUUCUCAAGCCCAAAGAGAGUGGAAAUUAUGGAAUCCUUUUGAAUGGAAAGAGUCCAUCAAACGCAGGCAAAUUUUUGUGAUUAAGAUACUUCGGGGUGCUAUACAUGGACUUGCCUUCAUGCAUGACCAUGAUAGGCUACAUCAAAGUCUUGGACCAGCUUCUGUAGUUCUCAACACAAUUAGAGAGAAGGAUGUUGCCUAUUUGGUGCCACAAGUUCGUGAUUUAGCAUUUUCUGUUGAUAUAAGGUGCUCAUCUCUAGAGUCAGGCCCAAGCCUUCUCUCAGAUGCAUUAUGGCACAGGGCAGCUAGGGCAGGUGCUUUUAACUCCUUGGAGAAGCGAACCUUUGGUAUAGCAGAUGACAUCUUUGAAGCUGGACUUCUCCUGGCAUACUUGGCCUUUGUCCCAUUCUGCGAAGCAGGCAUAAUGGAUGGGCCCUCACUACAGAAGCUGUUGGAGAGCACUUUCCAACUGAACAUGGAAGCAGUAAGAGAAUAUUGUCAAGCGGAUGAAUGCCUCUCUGAGGCUGUCAACUUUUUAGACCUUGGUGGUUGUGCUGGUUGGGAGCUUCUGCAGGCGAUGCUGAAUCCAGACUAUCGCAAAAGGCCGAUGGCAACGACUGUUCUAAAGCAUCGGUUUAUGACCGGUGAUGUUCUUUAGAGACCUUUACCUGACUCAGGAGAGGAGAGGGAAAACACGCAUUUCUUUGUACUCAAACAUAUAGACACCAGAGUUUUAUUAAUUUUGAUAUUGUUGGGAAUUCAUCAGUGACAAGAAGCACUUAUCAACUAGUUGUAAGUCCAACCAGCGACCUCUCUUCUGACAAAUAAGUCAGAGCUUUCAAGAUCAAAUAGUCGGAUCCUCAUUCAGGCUUGGUCUAGAAACUCUGGUUCAUGAUUUGGCAUCUGAUUUCUACGGCAUCUCAGACCUUUUCAUUAAUCGAUUGGUUCUAGUUAGUCCAACCUUUAAAAAUCCAACAGCAACCAGCAAGGAUGACAACAUUAUGACCAUGAUUACGGCGGCUAGCUCAUUCACACAUCGGGCGGUUGGAACUUUGGUGGCUCUGAGAUUUCAAGAUAUCUAUGUCAAAGUUUCUGUCACUUUCGUUUCUAACAUUUAACCAGGCUUGGAUAGCAUGAAUGCAUUAUAAUAAAUAAGUUUAUUGUGUAGAAGCUCAAAAAUAGAGUGACAGAACU